ACGAAGUUACGAAUCGUUUUAUGUUAUAUAUAAUAAAAAUUUAAUUAAUUUCAUAAAAAUGUUCUCCAUAUAUUAUACUGUCUAUUAAAAAGAUUAUUAAUCGUGUUGUAUUAUGUGUUGAAUGCGAAGAGAAGAGAAAAGGAAAGAAAAGAAAGAAAAGAGAAUUGUAACGAUUUCUUGAAAGAAAAAAAAAAAGAAAUUUACCACUGAAUCUAAUAUAAAAUGAUACGAAUCGAUUGAUCGAUUAAAUCAUUUGAAAUAUAAAUCAUUGUAUACAUACCGUAACCGUCCUCGCGCGUUAGAUCGUCACUUCGAAUCGAUCGUUGUCUCUCCGGGGACGGUAUUGUCCUAAUUGCGUGAAUUAGAAAUAACAAAAGUAAUAAUAAUUAAAAGGAAAAGAGAGGAAAAGAUAAAAUUAGAAAACGAGAUAGGGAGAGGAAAGAAAAGGUGGAAUCAUCAGGAUCCUUUAAUGAUUCCGAAUUAAAAAGACACGACACGCACGCGGACACUCGAACGUCCUCGGUGAAUCUUCUUGUGUGGCUGGUUCGUUGGAUCAAAGGUUUCCCUUAAUAUAUAUUAUAUCUUCUAUAUAUGUUUCCCACGUUCGAGAUCGAUCGAUCGAUCGAAUCUAUAUCAUCAUUUGAAACGACGAUCGAACGACGAGCGAUCCAUUCGUUUUCCACGAAAGAAAUUUAUUUCAUUGUUGUUGCACACCGAGAUCGAAGAGAUUAAAUAAAGUGAGAAUGAAAAUGUAUGCGUGAAUGAGAAAGAGGGAGAGAGAGAGAGGGAAAGAAAGAGAAAGAGAGGGAGAAAGAGAGAGAGAGAGAGAGAGAAGGAUUUAUGAACGAAUUAUAAAUUACGAUUAAUUCUGAUCGUGAAAAUAAACAAGAGGAGAAUGAACGCGAAUGAAAGUAAGAGAGAAAGAGAGAGAGAGAGAAAGAGGGAGAGGGAGAGAAUAUGUAUGUGUGUGAGUGAGUGAGAGAGAAUACACAUGUAUGUAUAAUAUGUGCGAGAGCUAUGGUUUAUUCGGAAAUGGAAUUGAGGUGACUAAUUAACGAGAUGUUGUAAAUUGUUCUAUAGCAAAAUGAAAAGUGGUACGAUCGUUGCAACGCACAGAUCGCGGAAUCUCUCCUUCGUAAGGAUCGAAAUAGAUCGAAUAUAUUGAAUCUUUAUGAUAUGAGCGAGAGAAAGAGAGAGAGAGAGAGAGCGUUGCCUCGAUUGUUUCAAUGUUGAUAUGUCAAUGCUGUGAUGUUAUCCUUUGAAACUAAAAACCGAACGAAAAAAAAAAGGUAUAUCCCUUUUCGAACACGUUCCCUUCGAAUGGAAAAAAAGAAAAGAAAAAAAAAAGACACAAAUCAUCUAGUCCACAAAUGAUUCCACAGGAGAAAAAAGGAAAAAGGGGUGAAAGAACACAAGAGAAAUCCCUUUUACUUUGAGAAAUAAAUAUUUCUAUUUACUGUAAUUCCGCAUAGCCCUUUGAGAGCAAAAAAAAUAUAUGAAGGAAAAAAACAUGCAAAAAAAAAGAGAGUAACAAAAAGAAAAAAAAAGAACAAAAAGAUACCAAACUAGCUAGAAUUUAAUCGUAUUUAAUGUAAAGAUUAUUAUUAUUGUUACACAUCUCAGUGAUUCUCUCCUAUGGUCGGUGAUAUCUCGGAGAGAGAUGAGCGGUGAGAUGAUUAUGACGACGACGACGAUUGUAUUAUUAUCGAUUAAUGAUUGAGAGAUCAUCGAUACAUAACAAUUUUGGUCUACUUUCGUGUAGAUUCAGUUGCAUCGACAAGGAACUAUUUCUCUGGUAGGAAGGGGAUGUUUUUCUUAUUAUAGAAAAUUCGUAUGUAUAUGUAUGUAUAUAUAUAUAAUAUAUUUAUAUGUGUGUAUAUAUAUAUAUAUACAUAUAAAGAAAAACGUCGGAACCUUUUUCUUUCUCUCUCUCUCUCUCCCUCUCUCUGAUAUUUUACCGAUAACCAAAUUCCUACAUUUGUCGCAUUUGUAAAUAAAAUUUUUAUCAUCACACGGA